CUAUAACGGGUUAUAACGUCGAAUUUAAUCUCAAUGAUAUUAUAUAAUCAUUCAUUAGUAAUCACAAGCUAAUCUUUUUGUGUAGUAAUUCCUUAUGUAUGAGUCAGGGGGUUGUGCUGAUUGAAGUUACAGUGCAUCCUCAUAGAAAUAUUUUGAGUAAGAUUUCUCUUAUCAACUAUUCCCCUACAUACUAGGACAACACAUCAUACCUCUUGGCAGAAUUGAGAAUGGAGAAGAGCAAGUAUUUGAUUGAGGAAGGCAGUCCUCCACAGGUACAACGGCGCCGUCCAGCCGCAUGGAAAUGGGUCGUCACGGCGACGUUGUUAGUUUCAAUUCCGCUUUUCAAGGCUAAAUUGCCCCUCCCGUCGCGGUGUUCUCAUCACGACAACCACCCGACGCGCCUCACCUAUCCCGGCGAGCGCAUCACAUGGGAACGAUGCGGUGACUUAGGAAACCGGCCGCUUGAAUGCAGCAGCAUCGAUGUGCCGAUGGAUCAAUUCAGCCCGUCUAACUCUGGUAACAAGACCUUCAGCAUCCCGCUGAUUCGCUUACGCGGCGCCAAUGCGACUCAGAAUUUAUUCCUCAAUCCCGGCGGCCCGGGCGGCAGCGGAAUUGAGUUUUUGUAUCGCAAAGGUGCGCAGUUGCACGACAUCGUCGGCGAAGGCUUCCAUUUGUUGAGUUUCGACCCUAGGGGUAUUAAUAGCUCACAGCCGUUGGCUCGGUGCUACCCCGAUGCUGAAACACAGCGAGAGCGGUCAAGUGUGCGCGACACCAAGAUUAUUGAAGAUAGCAUCGAGGCGUAUACUUGGUCCCACAACUUUGUGAGAGCGUGUGCUGAUACUAUGGGGGAGCAUGGGCUGUAUCUCAAUACGCCGCAGACGGCUGCCGACAUGAACAGCAUUCUCGAUGCUUUGGGGCAGGAUAAUAUGGUGUACUGGGGUUUCAGUUAUGGUUCACUUUUAGGUCAGACAUACGCUACAAUGUUUCCCGAUCGUUCCGAACGCGUCAUAAUUGACGGCGUCGCAAACCAAUUCGAUUGGUACGAGGGACUACUAGAUACUGAGACCUUCGUCGACACUGAAAAUGUCUGGGAGGGCUUCUUGGAGGAGUGCAUCAAGGCCGGCAAGGACUGCGCACUUUCGUCAUUGGCAGAGUCCAAGGAUUCGCUGAAAGCGAAGUUCUACUCGUUGGCCCAGCAACUAAAAGACAGCCCGCUUAGUGUUUACGUCAACAACACCAUCUACGGCACCAUUGACUACGAGACAAUUUGGUACAACGCCAUUUUCCCUGCGCUUUAUAAACCGGCUAAUUGGUAUCCGCUGGCUGAGCGGUUAGCUCAAUUACUCGAGGGCAAUGCGACAGAGGCAUUGAUCUCGUAUGGAUUAGGUGAUCCCUGGGGUAUUGCAGGCCAAGCCAACGAAUUCAUCACGUACAACGACGGUGCUUCUGGUGCAUCGUUCUGGCCACAAGACAGAGAGUCGACACUUGAUGUUCUUAUCCCGUACAUGAAUUCAAGUAUUUUCGCUCCUACGGAGUACGGGGGUUACUACAUCAAGCAGCAGUGGCAAGUCCCGAAGACCCAUGAGUACGUCCCGCGCGUGGGUGUCGAAACCGCGCAUCCCGUGCUCAUCCUCUCGACAACUUACGACCCUGUAUGCCCGCUGCAAUCCGCCCGUUCCGCAAAUGCCGCGUUUAAGGACUCCCAAAUUGUUGAAGUGCUCGGUUAUGGGCAUUGCUCUGUUGCUAUUCCUUCCACCUGUCUCGCUAAGCAUGUGAGAGCAUUCUUGUAUGAUGGGACAGUGCCGGAUAGCUACACGCAAUGUGAGGUUGAUGGGAAGUACUUCAUCAACCCAGAUGAGGGAGGUAAGGUUACGGCUCAGAAGCACUUUGACGAUUUGGAGGAGCAAAAGAUUCAUCUAGCGCAGAUUGAACUUGCUAGAAAUUGGGAUUGGUAACCGUUGCGAAAUCGAUUUUCGCUUGACGUUAGAAUCUCACUACCUGCUGUAUAAUCCACAUAUUAUUAUCAUACUAACAUAUUGACC